AUCGUAUGCUAUGGAAACCAGCCUGCUGUGCUAACUAUAGAAACUCUAAUCAAGACCAUAGGAUUCUAAUCUGAUGGCUAGAGGUAGAGGUGGGUUAUUUUAGCACUUAAACCCCCCCACUCAUCCCAUCCUAACCUCAGUUUUUGCAAAACACUCCCCACGAAGCCCAGCGCCGGUUCGUAAUCUCCUCGCGAUCGUUUACGGCGCCCCCUUGCGAUCGUUUACAGCGCCGCUGCCCCCAUGGAGACCCUCGUUGCCGCAGAGGAGGGCAACGCAGGAGAACGAGCAGGGCUCCCUGGCCCCCGCGCGCGACCCUACGACAACUCCAGCAUGGAGACCCCCCUGCUAAACGCCUGGAGACCCCCGCUGCCACCAAGUCUCAGGUCGCCAUUGAUCCCGUCGUCGCCGAGGAUCAUGCCGUCAUCACGGUCGACGCCGGAGUUGGAGCCCACCUUGAACAGUCACGCACACCUAAGCCGAAACCUUCUUCGAGUUUAGUAGACACAAAUUGCAAAGAACAUUUGAAGCCUAUGGUUGGAAUGAUCUUUGAUACUCUCACAGAUGUGGAAAUUUUUUACAAAUCGUAUGCACACGAAGCUGGUUUCUCUGUUCGUGUUGGUCAGCACAAGAAGCAAAAUGAGGAAAUACUAUUCAAGUGGUAUUGUUGUUCAAGGGAAGGGUACAGACAGGAGAGCGUAAAAAAGGUUAUUGAUGAAUCCGGAAAAAAAAGAAAGUCACCAAAUGUGAUGGAAACCAGAUGUGGCUGUGAGGCACAUAUUGUUGUCAAGCUUGGCAGUGACAAGAAGUAUCGAAUAUCUUCAAUGGUUGAGGAGCACAGCCAUGGUUUUGUGUCGCCAGAUAAAAGGCAAUUGCUAAGAUCUAACCGUAAUGUUAGUGAGAGAGCAAAGAGUACUUUGUUCAAUUGUCAUAAGGCUAGCAUUGGCACCUCAUAGGCAUAUCGACUUCUCCAUGUCAGUGAGGGUGGGUUUGAGAAUGUUGGGUGCACAAAGAGGGAUUUGCAAAACUAUUUCAGUGACCUUAGAACAAAAAUCAAGGAUGCCGAUGCACAAAUGUUUGUGGCACAACUUGAGCGAAAGAAGGAAGUAAAUCCUGCCUUCUUUUAUGACUUUAUGGUGGAUGAAGAAGGACGACUUGUUCGUGUAUUUUGGGCAGAUGCUAUAUGCAGGAAAAACUAUAGUGUUUUUGGUGAUGUGAUUUCGGUAGAUGCAACAUAUACCACCAACCAGUAUAACAUGAAAUUUGUGCCAUUUACUAGAGUCAAUCAUCACUUGCAAAGUGUUUUCCUUGGGGCAGCAUUCUUAGCAGAUGAAAAGAUCGAGUCAUAUGUAUGGUUGUUUAAGACCUUUCUUAAGGCCAUGGGUGGGUAGCACCUCAAUCACAACAGAUGAAGAUGCGAGCAUGAAGGCUGCUAUUGCUCAGAUUCUACCAGAUACAACUCAUAGAUUUUGCAUGUGGCAUAUCAUGGAAAAGGUACCUGAGAAGGUCGGGCCCUCUAUAAGAAAAGAUGAACAAUUUUGGGAAAGACUAAACAAGUGUGUUUGGGGGACCGAGAAUUCAGAUGAUUUUGUGUCACAAUGGAAUUCUAUCGUAACAGAUUAUGAGCUCAUGGGAAAUGAUUGGUUUUCCACUAGGUUUGUCAUUCGCGUAUCAUGGAUUCCGACAUACUUUUUGGACAUACCUCUAGCAGGAAUGCUUAGGACUACAUCACGAUCGGAGAGUGCAAAUUCUUUUUUUAACCGUUUCAUUCAUAGAAAGUUGACCUUUGUUGAGUUCUGGCUAAGGUUUGACACAGCUUUGGAGUGCCAGCGCCAAGAGGAGUUGAAAGCCGACAAUGCAAGUCUUCACAACACUCCUAAAUUGAUGAUACCAUGGGCCAUGGAGAAGCAAUGUAGUGGGAUAUAUACACAUGAAGUUUUCGGUAAAUUUCAGAGUCAACUAAUAGUUGCAAGAGACCAUUGCAUUAUUCAAGGGUUUUCCGAGUCUGAAGAUAAGAAAAUUGUCACCAUCGGCAGCCAAUCUGGAAAAGAGCGAGUGGUUGAGAUGAACAAGUCAAACAUGUUUGGUAGGUGCUCCUGUAAAUAUUAUGAGUCCUAUGGCAUCCCGUGCCGUCAUAUCAUACAAGUGCUUAGAACCGAGAAGCAAAAUGAGAUACCAUUGGUUUAUAUUAUGAAGAGAUGGGAGAAAAGAUGUAAAAGGGAACUGUUAUUUGAUGACGAAGGUAACCUAUUAGAUGAGAAGCCUAAAGAUCCUAUGGAGGUGGCAAUGCGGAAAAAGAUUUCAGAUUCACGCAACAUGUUUGAAGACCUUAUCCAAAUGGCAAAGAAUUCUGAACAAGGAAUGGACUUUUUAUACUCUAGUUUAUCCAACCUAGUAGAACCUCUCAAAAAGAUCACGCCUGCUGCUACGGAUAAUAAACAUGAUGAGUAUGAAUCUUUCCUUGGUAGUAUAAUUCCAAAUGAAGUCAAUAUACAUCCACCAACUGAUGUCAAGUCGAAAGGAAGAUGCAAAAGAAUUAAGAAGAGCAAGGAGAUAAAGGCUCCAAGUAAACGGAAGUGCGGAAAAUGUAAGCAAGUAGGGACUCAUGAUGCACGCAAUUGCCCAAACAACAUUGUUGGCUGAUAUUUUAAGCUCAUGUAAAUUUCAGUGUGUUAGUUAAUUAUAGAACAUGGAUCAUAAUUGCAUUGAAUUCCAAUGUAAUGCUGCUUUUUGAAUCAAUGAGAAACAUGUUACUUUGUUCA